ACUUUCUAGGAAACUGUUUAUUGAGUCACAAAAUACCAAAUAACAACGGAAGAAACACAAUAGAAGAUGAAGUGUAAUGACCGUGUAAACGUCAAACUCAGUCACAACAGUUACGCUUCCCCAGACCUCUUCCCCGUUCUUCGCCUUCGACUUGUUUUGUUAACGUGCUAUAAUGCACUAGAUCACUAAGGUAACUUACACUGCCCUCUUCGAGACCGUCUGAGAUACCGGUGUGGUUGUUAGACAUCUUCACGAAAGACUUUGAGAUUGAAACCCGGAAGUACAAGAAUAAACGAGCAUUUGCCUUGUCUUUGAAGAAUGGCACAGGAAGGGACCCCAGAUAAAAGUUCCGAUGCCUCCGCAACUGAAGUUAGUCAGAUUAUAUUUGGUGGAAAGAACUUGAAGUAUCAGAUCGAACAGUUUCUUAGCUCCGGUGGCCAGACUGUUAAUAUUCUACUGAGUGGCAAGACAGGAGUUGGCAAGUCACAUUUGACAAAUGCGCUCAUUGGAGAAAACCUUGCGGUAGAAGGAUAUGACAUCGACCCACAAACUGAUGACAUAACUGCUUACGAGGUUGUCAGAAACGGCGUAACUAUUACAGUGUUCGACACUCCAGGACUUGCAGACGCAACCGGCAGUGAUGAAGAAUACCUGCGGAAAAUCAAGGAGAAAGUAACCCACUUAGACUUGUUUCUAUUCUGCACUGAGAUGACCAGUAGGCGAUUCCGGACCGACGACUUGGAAACGAUGAAGAAGCUUACAGAAGCCUUGGGGGAGAAACUUUGGGAACAUGCUCUUGUGGUUUUAACCUUUGCAAACGAAGUUCCAUUAUCGCCAACUAAGAAGACGGGUGACGUACCUGAAGUAACCGUUUUCAAUAAUCGCUUUUUAGAUUUCAAGAAAGCGAUAAACAAACAUUUGGUUGCCAUAGGGGUACCAGAGAUCACCGUGACUAAUGUGCCAUUUACGCCAGCCGGAGAGUUGGAUGAUCCAAGACUUCCAGAUAGAGAAGACUGGUUGACAGCAUUUUGGAUCGCAGCUUUCAAACGUAUCAACAGGAACGCAAAAGCUGCUUUCCUAAUGGCAAAUGUCGAUCGCAUUUCACUUUUCUCCACCUCUGGUGAAGGAAACGAAGAAAGCAAAGUAAGGAAAGAUGGCAACGUUUGUCAGUCUUUAACCAUCGAAGAAAGGAAUGCAAUCAAAGAAUCAGGAGGAAAAUUGAAAGAAAGUGGCUUUGACAAAAAAUUGAGCCGCUGUUUUGAGGAAAUUGAGAUGAAAACUAAAGAGGAGUGCCCCACAUCACCUGGCCAAGGUGCAAAGGUGUCAGGCCCCUCCAUCAAUGCGAACGAAACCUUCUCUGAAGAAAUCUUUAAGGAGAUAGUAAGCGAUGUAUCGGGGCAAUUCAUUGUUGAGCUAACCAGUACUAAGAAAACUAAGACUUCGGAUGAACCCGAUGAGGAGUGCCCCACAUCACCUGGCCAAGUUGCAAAGGUGUCAGUCCCCUUCAUCAGUAAGAACGAAACAUACUCUAAAGACGUCAAGAAGGAGAUGUUGGCCAAUGUAACAGGGCAAUUCAUCGGUGAGCUGACCAGUGCUAAGAAGAAAACUGAGACGUCGGAUGAACCUGAAGACGAGUGCCCCACAUCACCUGGCCAAGUUGCGAAGGUGUCAGGCCCCAUCAUCAAUAGAAACGAAACGUGCUCUAAAGACGUCAAGAAGGAGAUGUUGGCCGAUGCAACAGGGAAUAUCCUCGGUGAGCUAACCACUGCCAAAUUUGGUGGAAAGUACGGAAUAUUCCUCCGCUUCCUUUUGAAGUAUCUUAAGAAGCGUUUCCCACUUUUCGUUUCAAAGCCUAGACUAGAAGGCAUGAAGAAAUGAUCACGUGGUGACCAAAUAGAGAGAAAGAGAGAAACUGUGUGCCUUUAAAAAUAUCAACCAGUUAGACUAUGAACAUAUAAUCUAUAAAUAAAAUUGGACUCUGUAUCCUCAAAAAGGUCAUGCCACGUUUCUGAAAUCAAACGAGCUGUUGGAAAAAGGUUCAAAUAGAUAGUAUAUUAUAUGUAGGCUCGUUAGAGAUUCAAGCGACUUUUUGUUUCAAGACAAGACGAGUUAAAGUUGCUGAGUACAAUGAAGUUAUUUGAUACAGAGGACCGAUUUAUAAAGCUUUGAAAAAUGUAUUUUGUAAUUUUUUUUAAAAUUCAUGUUAUUAGUAACACCAUCGGAAGAAAACGAUUAAAACAGGAAAAGAUGGACGA